UGAGGCAGCACAGGGGUCCUUGUAGCCGCUACCGUUAGCCGGGGGGAGCCUGAGCAUCCUUCUAGAAAACACCGACCAAAAUAACAGACGGGACUGCACUCGGCGCUGCGCUUCGAACUAAAGCCUGACCGAGGGGAUCUCUUUGAAGACAAAGAGUAUAAAGAUGCCUUCAGCAACAGUUGGAAACAGUGCUGUCCAGGCUGCCAUUCCAGAUCUGGGAAAUGGAAGUCAAUCUGAGGCCAUGAAGCAGAUUCUCGGUGUGCUUGACAAGAAAGUCCGGAACAUGGAAAAGAAAAAGUCCAAACUGGAUGACUAUCAGGCAAAAAAGAAUAAAGGGGAGCGACUCAACCAGGAUCAGCUGGAGGCUUUGGCAAAGUACCAAGAGAUCACCAACAACCUGGAGUUUGCUCGAGAGUUGCAGAAGAGCUUCAUUGCUUUGGGCCAGGAAGUUCAGAAGGUAGUGAAGAAGUCUGCAAGACGGGAACAGUUGCAGCGGGAGGAGCUGGAGCAGCGGCGGCUGAAGUCGGUCUUGGAGCUUCAGUAUUUACUGGACCAGUUGGGAGAAGACAGCGUCAGGCAGGACCUCAAGCAGCCCGACGCCAGUGGCUCCUCCUUGCUCACCGAGGCUGACCUGACGGCUUUUGAUGAGUUUUACAAACUGGUGGGACCUGAUCGGAACUAUGAUCUCAGGUUGACUGACCAAUAUGAAGAGGCUUCCUUACACUUGUGGGACCUGCUUGAGGGAAGAGACAAGGCUGUGGUAGGGACCACGUACAAGUCACUGAAGGAGACUUUGGAAAAGGUGCUGAUGAGUGGCUACUUCGACAGAGCGCAGACUCAUCCGAAUGGAACAUGUGAGAAGGAAGAGGAGCCGGAGGAGCUUGCUGUGGCGGCUGAGUCUGUGGCUGAGGAGCAGCCGUCUGAACCUGAAGGAUUACUGAGUGAAAAAUGCACAGAGCCAAUUAAAGUGGAAACAACAGAGUUUGUAAAUAGACAGUUCAUUCCAGAAACUACAUACAGUAGUCCAGACAAAGACCAAGCGGAGGAGUGGACUGUGGAGCCUCAGAUGGUGAACUCCCUUCACCACCAGCCUCCCCCUCAGCUGGCUCCAGAACCAGCCGUGACUGAAGUGUCUCCCCCACCUGCCACCGACCCGGUGGUCCGAAAGCAGGCAGUGCAGGACCUGAUGGCCCAGAUGCAAGGGACGUACAACUUCAUGCAGGACUCCAUGUUGGAGUUUGAUGGCCAGGCGUUGGACCCGGCCAUCGUGUCCGCCCAGCCAAUGAAGCCUGUGCAGUCUGUGGAGCUGCAGCAGAUGACCGGCCCUUCACUGCACUCCGACUCGAGGCUUCCUCAAACAGCGACGGUAUCUGGACCACAGGAACCCCCACAUUCUCCCGCCCCAUGUUCCCUGUCCUCUGCCUUCCCACCUGUCUCCAAACCCACCCACACUGGAGGCAUCAAUGUCAACGCCGCACCUUUCCAGUCCGUGCAAGCGGUGUUUAAUCUGAACGCACCAGUACCCCCCUCUGCCGACAGCCAGCCGGAUCCUCUAAAGCAGCCCAGCCAGUUCCCUGGUGGCUACGGACAAGGCUUCAGCAGCCAGGCGGAGAGUUCUGUAGAUCAGCCCGAUAUCCCACAGGAGAGACUACCGUCAGUUGUUGGGGGAUUCCAGCCGCAAGAGCAGGUCAUGCCGUCAGCGGGGGGCCAUGAAGACCCCUCUCCCGGUGCAGGCUUUGGCCAGUCUGGACAGUCCUUCUACAACAGCCGGGCCGUGCCCAGGGGCGGGCCGAGGAAUCCCCGCGGCAUGAUGAACGGCUACCGGGGCUCGUCCAAUGGAUUCAGAGGGGGAUAUGACGGCUACCGCCCUCCCUUCUCGAACGCCCCCAGCAGCGGUUACGGUCAAACCCAGUUUAACACAUCACGGGACUAUUCCAGUAGUACCUACCAACGGGAGGGAUAUCAGCAAGGCUACAAAAGGGGCGCCGCCCAGGGACCCCGUGGUAUGUCUCGAGGAAGUUCUCAAACAAUGCGAUCCUAAAAGAUCCUAAAGGACCGUCAAGUCGCGCCACGAACAUUCAGGAUUUUUGAAUGUGUUUGCCCCAGCUCACUUUUAUAACAACGUUCUGUUUCUCAUUGGUUAUCUUAUUUUUUUAACUCCCGCCCUACUUAUCAGUCAGUCUGCUUCGGUCUAGAUUCUCUUACUGUUUUAACACAAAAAUGCUGAAAUUUCACCACAUGUAGGAUUGUCAGCAAGUCGGUGUGAUGUAAAACAACAAAUAGAUAUUCCUGUAAACUUGAAAGAUUUCAUUAAUUUAUUUUUUGUACAAAAUAAAUGCAAAAAAUACCCUGCCACCGUUUAUUCCACACAGAUGAUUUUUUUUUUGGGGGGGGGGCACCUUAAACCCUCAGCCACUUUUUCGUUGUCACCUUAUAACCUUCAUAAAGGCUUUUUUUUUUUUUUUUUUCAUUUUUUUACCCCUCUGUUCACCUCGGCAUUGUCACCUCUUUGUACACUGAUGUUAUUGGUUGAGACUGUUUCAAUAAAGUUGUGUCCUAUUACCU